AAACGCACAGCUGUAGUCGGGCAUAUCGAGAGAAAGGCGAACGGGGAAACGCGGAGAACCCGAAGAGGGACGCAACGGGCACACCGGUUUGGGUACAACGGGUCUUACCUUGCUAGGGCAAACGCCAAGAGCAUAGCCUACUCACCUAAGGGACUUUCGUCUGGAAGAAAAGGUGGAAGGGGAGGGGGCAACUAUCUAAAAACUGAUCUGGACUAAGACAACGACCUGCCAUACCCAAUAUAACUGUUCUCCUCCCAGACACCGGCCAACUGAACCACUGCUCCGGGGGAGUGGCCCACUCGACCACCGCCCCUCCAACCCCCGUGCCUGGCCACGCCUCCCCGCGCUCCUCCUCAAUCCAUCCCCCGCAGUCCCCCCUCCCCCCCUCCUCCUACUCCAGCCCAGCCCAUCCUGCCGUCGCCAUGACGUCGGAGCUGGAGAGUAGUCUGACCUCCAUGGAUUGGCUGCCUCAGCUGACCAUGCGGGCAGCCAUCCAGAAGGCGGACACCCAGGGGGCCCACGGGCCGGGCCUGGGCAAGAAGAGCGCCCUGCUGGACCCCAACACCACCCUGGACCAGGAGGAGGUCCAGCAGCACAAGGACGGCAAGCCGCCCUACAGCUACGCCAGCCUCAUCACCUUUGCCAUCAACAGCUCGCCAAAGAAGAAGAUGACGCUGAGCGAGAUCUACCAGUGGAUCUGCGACAACUUCCCUUACUACAGAGAGGCGGGCAGCGGCUGGAAGAACUCAAUACGGCACAAUCUGUCAUUGAACAAGUGUUUUCUCAAAGUGCCUCGCUCCAAAGAUGACCCGGGAAAGGGCUCCUACUGGGCCAUAGACACCAACCCAAAGGAGGACACCUUACCCACCCGGCCAAAGAAGAGGCCGCGCUCCGGAGAAAGGGCUUCCACACCAUACAGCCUGGAGUCAGAGUCUCUGGGGAUGGACUGUAUGAUAUCUGGAAGUGCCUCGCCAACGCUGGCCAUCAACACUGUGACUAACAAGGUUGCGUUGUACAACCCGGACCAGGACGGCAGCGACAGCCCCAGAAGUAGCCUUAACAACAGCCUGUCUGACCAGAGUCUGGCCUCCGUCAACCUCAACAGUGUGGGCAGCGUGCACAGCUACACCCCGGUGAGCAGCCACCCAGAGCCCGUGUCCCAGGCCCUGAGCCUGCAGCAGCCGCCCCAGCCCCAGUACAACAUGCCAGAGAGGGACAAGCAGCUCCUCUUCUCCGACUUUGAAGAUCUCAGUGCCUCCUUCCGCAGCCUGUACAAGUCUGUCUUUGAGCAGUCCUUCAGCCAACAGGGUCUGAUGGGCAUGCCCUCGGAGCCGUCCCAGCAGACACACACCUCCUGCUCCUACCAGAACUCCCCCAGCGGCACCAUCAUCUCCCAGAACAGCCUGGCUAACAACCACCCCAACAACCACCCCAACAACCACCCUAACAACCACCCUAACAACCACCCCAACAGCACAGGCCAACUGCCCCUGUCCCACCCCCCCCAGGGCCACCCGGGCCACGGCUCGCCCCACACACAGCACCUCCCCCAGCAGGGCCAGCACGGCCCCCACCAACACAACCAACACAACCAGCACGCCCAACACAACCAGCACGCCCAGCACAGUCAACACAGCCAGCACCAACACCCCCAGCACGGCCAACACCCGCAGCACAGCGCGCACCCCCAGCACCCGUCGCAGCACCCGUCCCACGGCCCUCACACGCAGCCCCACCCCUCGCAGCACGCGCAGCACACCACGCACCCUUCCCAGCAUGCCCAGCAGCACCAGAGUCUGUCCCACCAGCCCCACCCUGCCCAGCAACAGAUGACCUGCAACACGGGUCUUCCCUCCGACUGGUAUCCCACCAACCUGGACGCACUGAAGGAGAGCUGCCGCAUCGCCAGCAGCUAUAACUGGGCUGAUGUUGACCUCUCCCCCUUCCAAGGUCUGAAGGAGAGCAUGAGACAAGCGGAGCUCAACAACUGGUCCCUGGAGCCCACCCAGAUCGCUGACCUCUGCUCCUCCAUCAACCAGUUCUUCACCCGCACCGGGGUCAUCCAGCCACAGGGGGCGGUGCAGCCUGCCGUCUGCCACAGCUCCAUGCACCCCAACAAGCCCGCUCAGCACAUCACCACAGGUCAGCUAGCUGGUAACCUCUACAUGGACUCCAGACAGAGCAUGUCUAUGAUGGGUCCUCCCGGUUACCCUCAUAUGCCCCCCAUGAGCAACGCAGGGCCCACCAUGACAGGUCACCACGCUCAGAUGAACCAGCAGCACAUGAUCGUUCCCAGAAACUUCCCGAUGCAGCGCAUGGCAGCUGAUGACAUCCAGGAUGACUUUGACUGGGACUCUAUCGUGUAGCUUCACCCGCGCCCCCGGGCCAGGAGCGGAGGGCGGAGGAGAGGAGCAGGACGAGGAGGAGAGGAGCCAGGCCAAGCUAGACACCCACCGCGGGAGGUUGGGUGGGACGCAGAAGAAAUGGAGGGCGAAAGAGAGACUUCAGAGUCCGGACAUUUUUACAAUCGAAACGAAACGAAAACAAACUGAAAAAAAAAAAAAAAAAAAACGAGAAAAAAAAUGUUACUUUGAAGACAAUCAUAUUUAGUCUGACAUGUUUUAAGUGACGGCUUGUCUGGGGACAAACGGCACAUGUUCAUGUCUAAAUCCCAUUCUCCUCGUCCUCCCUUCCAGCCCUCCGCUUUCUCUCCCCUCCUCUCCUGCCCUCUCUUCCUCUCCCCCCCCCCAUCCCUUUUGCCAGCCCAGCCAGCAGCCUUCCAAAGCCCCACCCUCCUCCUCCCUUCAUCCCAGUACCUAACUGUUGUGUGAUCUGAGCGAUGUGUUGGCCUUGUAAUCCUUCUCGUGUUGACUUGGGCCUCAGCUGCCUCUUGGAUCAGUUUGUCUCUUCCUUGUUUUAUGAGUUUUUUUUGUUUUGUUUUUUCGGUUCUGUUUUGGUGACGCAGGUCUCAUCAAAGAGGGGCGUUGAUGGCAGGGGACGGUGCUUGUCGGCCUCUGGGCGGUGUGAGGUCAAGUUUCCAGUCACGGAGGGGUACACACAGGGUGUUUUUAGCAUUGAACCAGACUUGAGGUGUCAAUCAGAGAUGCUGCAUCAGAGAUCUGAUAUUCAUCUCCAGUCCUAAUUGCCCAUCCUGUAUGGUUUCUUACUGUGGACUAGUUAUGUCUGUUCAGCAACUGUACCAGCAGUAUUUGUGAUGUGUGUCCACUCCAACUAUACAGUAGGACCUGUACGUAAAGCAGAUUUUAUCUGCUCAAUCACUCUAAUGAAGGGCCUACUGUGACUGACCAACAAACCAUGCAACGUUGAUGUGAUUCACACAGCUGCAGUCAUCAUCAGUCUGUGUCAUGUCCUCUAAAACUGGCUCCUUAUCUCCCUAGAUGUGACACGGUCUAAAGAAGGCAGACGAUACGCAAAUAUACAAUCAUAACAGAACGGAAGUGGGAUGUGUGUGUGUCUGUGUGUUUGAGUACUGUUUUGUGAGUGUUUUUUCUUGUAACUUAGGGCUAAGAUCGAUUGCUGUGGUGAUCUAUGAGCACAACAGAACCAGAGGCACAAAGCGUGGUGAGAUCUGGGGGCGCAGAGACGCCCUCAGAGAGGAGGGUCCUCAAGAGGGGAUUAGGUAUGAGAGCGGUGAUGCUCCAGUCUCCCUCCCUCCUGUCCACUCUCUUAGUCAGCCAGACUGCUUCUUCUUACGAUUUAUAGACUUACAGUACAUUUAAUUACCCCCCAACAGUUUUAUUUCAACUAUAUAGGGAAGCCACCUAUUCAGUUGAAAGAUUUGAUUCCCCACCCCUAGAUACAAAUGUAAAUGUUUUUUGACUAGAUUAUUGUUUCUUUAAUUUUUCUAUAUACCUAUUCCUGUGACAAUCAUGCCAUUUUUGAUUUUAUGUGAUAUCGCUGGGCCUUUUGAUAGCUUGGAUUCCAGUCAGGUAUCUUUUAAGACUCCUACAUUUUUACGCAGUGACUUCCUUUUAUAGCAGGAUAUGAUGUCGAACCGAAAGAGGCGGAACUAGUCCUUUUCAUUAUACUGACAGUCAAUAGGCUUUUAUCUUCUGUUGAGCCGUCAACACAGGCCCCCUCUCACUCCAGCCCCCUCUUUCUUUUAACGGUUAUUCGAUUCUUUUAGUAUAAACGUUUUAUUGGUUUGUUUAACCUCUUUGAUAUAUUUCCCUCAUUGUCUGGUUCAGCCCAGAUUUAGCUUGCCCUCUGUGAUUCUUCUUCCUCUGCUUCUAGUGACGGCUGGGAUGUGCCACAUGGCCUAGUCAGUGCUCAGGGUCUGUGGAAAAGCUUGAGUAGCUCGGAAGGUGAUUUGAAAGCCCAGUCAUGAUACAGAGUCGGGUAUUCAGUCAGGAUAUGGCAAGACUGUGGAUCCCCAGAGGUCCCGCGGUGUGUCCGUAGCCCUGGGAGGGUCCAGUGUGUCAGGUCAGGCUUGGGAACGCUCUCGGCCACGGCAGCCCAGGGAGCCCGGCUGGUGGGGUGAAGCUUAAGAGCUGGCUGCAGAACGGUGGUUUAUCAAGUCUGAACACUAGAGGGCUGUUGACUCUGCCUCCUUGGAAAUGGCCGGGCUGGCUAGUGCAAAGGGAGGUGAUUGGAAGAUAGAAACUGACAGUUAAAUCACAAGACAAUGAUUGGAUCAACAGGUUAUGCACCAUUCUGGGUCAUUUGUGUGUGUGUGUGUCUGGGUCUGUGGGUAUGGACAAGUUCUUUUAAAAAGACAAUUCACUUUUUGAAUACCGCUGGAGAUGUACCUGCCAGAGAGAUUACCAAGACAAGAAUAAAAAAUAAAAAAUAAACCUUGUUACAAUAUGGGAGAGAACUGCCAACAAGUACUGCUGAUUGAGGCCUAUUUUAUUCAGUGCUGUGUGUUGUUGUGCUUCUUGUAAAUAAAUGUCUUUUCAAUCAUCCCUUUUUCCUCUUGGGGUUGGGGACAUUAAGGCAGGGGGUGGGUCUUACUUGUGAAAGAGAGGAGGGGAAAAGAAUAGAGUAUUUUGUUAUUAUCCAAUCAGAGGGUGACACAGUAUGUAUAUAUCUAUAUUGUAUAUAUGUGAUGAAAAUGCAUUUGCUUUUUGUGUGACACUACCUUUUACCUGUACCUAUGGUUCUACAUUCAGUGUUUCAAUGUUGAUAAUAUAUUUUGUGUUUGUUUUGUUUUUAGAUUUCAUCUUUGUCAUUUCUUGUAUUUGUCUUCUUUUUGUCCUUUUGUUUAUUGCACGGUUUAUUACUUUUGCUGUCCAAUGAGGUGACACAGCUCUCUUUGUAUUGGUUUAGUGCUGUAAAAUAACUCCAAGUGUUAUUAGAAUUGUCAAUACCACCCCACCCCCACCCCAGCCCCAUCCCCAAUAUGCAUGAAUGGCACUUAAAAGAAAUAAAAUAUGUUAACUUCACUGUGGAA